GAAAAAAAGGAAAAACAUACAAUUUUGCUGAAAAAUUGCUAAUAUUUUUAUUGAAUUCAUUUAAUCAUUUUUACAAGCUUACGUUUACGUCUUUAUAAGCAAACAAACAAGACAUAAAAGUAAAUGACAGAGAAAAACGCAUUACAACGAAUCAAAAUAUAAAAAAAAAAAAGAAAAACAAAAAAAAAAAUUGCGCGUUUUUUUUUUUUCGGUCUUUUAAAUAAUAAAUCGCCCAAUUUUAACAUAUCGGCAGAUUUUUGUUUACCAACACCAAUAAUAACAUUGUCAGGGACAACUUUACUUCGAUAAACGAAAAUCCUGCUGGAAGCUCUUCUCUGUUAACGCUUUUUUUUUUUUUUUUUUUUUUAUUAAUAAAUCGAGGCAUAAGACUCAGAUAAGGACACAAGCAGAAUGUCCUGGAGAUAUGCGCUUGCCAAUGAUAGAUAUACGAGCAGCAUUGGUGACAGAUACAGUUCAUUAUAUUAUCAGUCGCCCAGUCGUCUGGAAUCAUCAUCAAGCGAACAGACCACAGGACGCCAGCUGCAGCGUGUCUUGCAUUAUUCAAUGACACCCUGUCGGUCCUUGCAAGGACUGAGAAGGUCAGACUGUGUUCUACACGAUGUUGACUGUGAUGAAGUGUAUCCCGGCAUCUAUAUUGGUGAUGCGGCGGCUGCCAAAAACAAAACAUACCUGCGUAUGAUGGGCAUUACUCAUGUUCUAAAUGCGGCAGAGGGUUGUCGUUACGGUCAAGUAGAUACUGGUCAUAGCUAUUAUCGAGAUAUGCCUAGCAUAAGAAGAAACAACAAAGACACUUAUUUCAGAUAUAUGGGCUUUCCAAUGGUUGAUGCUCCUACAACCGAUAUCUCACGAUAUUUCCACGUAGCGGCCAAAUUCAUCGAUGACGCUAUCAGCUGUGGAGGUAAAAUUCUCGUCCACUGUUUGGUUGGUAUGUCAAGAUCGGCUACAUGUGUUUUGGCCUAUUUGAUGAUCUGUCGUAAGAUGUCGGCUGUGGAUGCGAUACGUAAAGUGCGCUUGCGUCGCGAUAUACGUCCCAACGAUGGUUUCUUACAGCAAUUGGCCGAUUUGGAUAUGGAACUUAAACGUAAAAACCUAUAUCCUUACUAAUAUAAAGCGAUACCAAAGUAUAUGUACAUAAAUAAGAACAUAUAUACAAGCAAACACACACAUACAUACAUAUAUAUACACACAUAGACACUAACCAUUGCAUAAGUUAAAAUAAUUUCUUAACAAAAAUAUAUAUCAACAUGUAUACAUGCUGAAAAUGAACCAAGAAUCGUUUCUUUAAUAAAUUAUAGUACUAAAAAAUACUUAUAACAAAUAUUUAAAUUUUUUCUGUUGAUAUUUUUUUAAAACACACAUCACACUCACAGAUCUCAGUUUCUAAACGAGAGAAAAAAAUUGUUUAGUGGUUUGUAAAAUAAAAAAAAAAAAAAAAACAAAACAAAAAUAAAAAAAGAUAAAAUUAAAAGAUAUAAAAAUCAUGUGUAAUAAAGUCUCUGAUGAUAUGUUCUUAAAAGUUUUUUAAACAGACUCGUUCACGUACAUGGGCAUUUAUGUAUGUGUAGUUAAUUUCUUAACUAAGCUAAUCGUAAUAAGCAAACGAUUCGGACGAAGAUGAUGCAUAAUAAUCAAGUUAGAGUAGCGUUUAGACGACUGUGUUAUAUGCUAAUGUUUGUAUGUUUGGCGACUGCAUUGUCUACGUAAAUGUGAUUGCUAUAUAUAUAUAUAUAUA